ACCCAAAAGUUUCGUGAUUGUUGGUUACGUGACCCAGUUUUAAGGGAUUGGUUGCAAAUAGUCGAAAGCACUGGUGAUCCAGUUGCUAAGUGCAAAUUAUAUGGUAUAUUAUUAAGGAAUCAUUAUUAAUAAUAAUUGAAUAAUUUACCCUGUCUCUAGCACGUCUUUACCUACGACGCGGCGCUAAAGAGGGGGAAAAACAUCCCACGAUCUGAUUGCACUGAUUCGGCUUUGGGUUGUCUAGUGAUUCUAUAGUCUCUGCUUACCCCGGUGGGAAGUAGGCGUGAGUUUAUGUAUGUAUGUAUGUAUUUUAUCUAGUGAAAUUCUGGUGGUUCGAGAGACCGCUCAGUUUUAGUGGUUUCUGGUGGUUUGCACGGCCGCAUUUGGUGGGCUGGUGAAAAUAAAGUUGGCAACACUGGUUGUUUGAGUGGAGGGAGUGACCAACAGGGUGACAGUGAGGUUCUUACUUCGUUCGUUCGAAUAAAUAUUUAUUUCUCAGUUGUGCUGCGAAUAAAGACAACAUAGCUUUUUAGAAGGACAGGAGACAUUGUUAGAACACAAAUCAGUACAUUAAAAAGACGAAAUUAAUGAGGUGCAAGUCUUGGAGCAAGAUUUAGCAAUGUCAUGCGAAAAUUGGGGAUUUUGUGAUCUAUCAAUCAGCAAAGACUACGACUUGAGUAAAUUAGACUUGUUAGAAAAAUGUGGCUUCCACACAGUGGCUAUCAACACCCAUGUGCAGGAGCCUGGCGACGAGCCCAAAAAGAAAAAAAAGAAAGGAGAUAGUAAAGAAAACAAAGAUCUUAUCCCUCCACCAGUAGAGGUUACCACAGAUACAAAAUUAAACAUUUUACACAGGGUCACUAUAGAAUUCUCAGAUUCAAGCAUCACUCCGCAACUGAACCAAUCUCAAAACCUUAAGAAGUACGACAUAGUGGCAGUUGUACCUAAAACUCUGCAAGCAUUCCAGUAUGCAUGCGGUACUAUGGACAUAGACAUAAUCACAUUUGACCCAGUAUCAAGAAUUCCAUUUAAAAUCAGUCGAAAGUUGUACAGGCAGGCCGUAGAGCGUGGUAUAUUCUUUGAGCUCAUGUACUCUCCAGCCAUCAAGGACUCAACAUCGAGGAAGAAUAUCAUAAGUACUGCACACACUUACCAUGCAAUUGGGCGAUCUAAAAACAUCAUUGUUACCAGUGGUGCAGAAAAUGCAAUGCAAGUUAGAGACGUUCAUGAUGUCAUUAAUUUGGGGUUUAUUUUAGGGCUGAACAGCAAUCAAAGUCUAGAAGUAAUUAGAAAUAAUUCUAGAAGGCUGAUUCUUAAAGCUAAAGGUAGAAGAUGUGGCAAACUGUAUGUGACCAUCACUGUGGAUAAAGAAGACAAUAAAAUAAUUGAACAAUGAAA